AUGGACACUGCCUCCAGCGCUGCUGGCCUCACUAUAUCAGGAACUCAUCGCAGCAUCGAUCCGCACAUCAAGAUAUCUCCACUUUUAUCUUUGCAGAGCGACACCACAGCUGCGCGGGGCCUGCCACAAUGCUUUGACAACGUUAUACUGAUCGUUGAUGCGAAUGAUACCGUCAUUUGCUCAAGUACUCCAAUGAUGGCAUGUGCCGACAUGCUAUCCGAAGCAACCUGCGAUGAAUUUUACCACUUCGGGCCCACUUGCUGGAUGCCGAGCUUCGGCAAUAGCCGAAACGUCACAUUUUCGACUUUGCUGGCUGACGAGCAUGCUGUGUUUUGCUGGCAGCAGGCUUGUCAAGAGGUCAAGGCGGAGACGUCUCGACGGCUAUUUCUCCACGGCCAAGAACAUCUGGAUUCCGUCUGCCUUUCCCCCAGGAAGGAACUCGUGCUGAAGCAGCGCAGCCGACAAGCCGAUGAGGGCCUCAUCGAGCUUACGAUCGUUGCAGGCCGAACAAGUUCAGACGAACAAGAUGCAUAUUUCAUGGUAAACGUCAAAACACUGACCGUUCCGUCAAUAGUCACCGCUCCUCUGCAUCCUAGGUUGACCGACCCUUACCCAUCCUCGCUUCGCUACACAUGUCGAAGCAUGGCGGGCAAUAACGCUGAGCUGCGUUUGCUCGUGUCUCGAUACGGACUCAUCCUACGGACCUCACUGCCGCGGGAUUGCUUCAUCUGGCACGAUUGCACAGAGGCAUCCCCAGCUGAAAUUCAGGAACGUGCUACAAUUGCCGUGCUAGGCAAAGGAGCGAGUCUGCCAUUGUUCGGACAAAGCUUGGUCGAGGAGCCGAGACUAGCUGCACUCUUGCAUGUGGUUGCCGAAGCCGCUGUUGGUUGUCUUGCUCAGACUAUCAGGCUUCCCAUAGCUGGAAGGCAGGUGACUGCGACAGUACAGCCAGUCUUUGGGAUCCAUGCUUGUAGGUCGCAGGGAUCGGAACAAACGCGAACAGCCGCAAAAGUCUGGGUCACGUUGAGCGCGUCUCCGAGGCUCUACCGGCGUCCCAGCUCGGCAUUGCCUUCGAGAAUGACCAGAUUGGGCGGGACGCUACCUGAUGGUACGUAUCAGCGAUGCUCGGGCGCGCAGCUUCGUCGUCACAGUGAGCUGGAAUCUGUUCGCUACAGUCACUUCGACCGAACCCGCGCAGGUGCUGCUUUGCCCACCAUUACCACUCCUACUACAACGUCAGUCGAUCGGAGUCGCGUCGGCACAAGUCACCGUGGACUUGCAGCACAAUUUUAUCGCCACGCCACACCGAGUCUUAGCUCUGCUGACGGUGACGUUGCGGGAGACAGCCUUUCCGUUCUCAACUCCCGGCUCGAAGCGGAGAAUAGAGGUUUGCGUCGUCAGAUCGAGAUACGUCGGCGUAGGGGAUAG